UAAAUCUCGUAUGCAUCGAAACAAAUAUAAUGCCCCAACAGAAGUUAAUCCCGACCGUUUCAAAGUGCAACACGCGGCUCUUCCGCGCGGUGUCCAAGUGCACCCGCUUCCCCUCGUCGGCUCGGACCACGAGUUGAUGUUUAACGUAACAUGGAACCCACCGAGUGGUCCUCAAGUCCGUGAAUACUCGCUGGAGGUCCACAGUAUGACUGACACCGUGGAUUGUCGAUCGAACUUGUGCUACGAAUACAACAUUCCAGGGGAAUCGUUGUGGAGUGUGAUCCCGGCGUAUGCCAGUCCUGUGCCGGAAGGCUGUGCAGUGCGACCAGGUUGUGCUUAUCUAGUAAAGUUAAUUGCACAUCCAUGGGAUGGUCACACAGUUGCUAAUCUGUUUGUGGAGCUUGAUGAAUGUGUCGCCAGAGUUUGUUCCUGCGCCCACGCACCAAGACUACCAAUGCCAAAAGUAUCAGCAAAAACUCUAUCUAUACAAGGAGAGCUGUUUGUCAACGUCACGUGGGCUUUACAAAAACCGAGAGAACCGCGGAGACUACCACCGAAGUUGAAAAAAAGUUUUUAUUUUGUCAGUAUUGGGAAACAAAUGGUGUCCGAUAUACAUCCCGCGCCCUGGUUCGCCUACACGAUAUCGCGAAGAGUUGAUGCCGUUGGGUUCGUAGUUGAACCAGACGGGAGUCAAUGGCAGCUGCUACCAGUCACAGAACGCAGCAGCUCACGAAGCGAUAAGCGGGGCGAUCAGAACAUCUUACUUGACGUAAAGCUAUUAGCUCGAGUCAACUUAGUCGAUGAACGAGGAUGCAUCGGCCCACCAGGAAAUACUACUGCGUACGAUCCGGCAAAUGUCACAAGAUCUCCUAUAGGAGCAUUUGCAUUGUGGGCUGCAUUUGGAGGAGCCUGCGUGUUGGCGAUGGUUGCAGUACUAGCCUGCAGCGCAAGAGCGGUUAAGAGAGUGCUGAAUGCAUUCCGUCCCACUUCCGCAUCGACUCCUUUGCAACCUUUGGGUCAUCGACCUCUCUGGUUCCCGCUGGGCACAAACAGCGAAAUACCAUGUCGAGGUCAAAUGGAGGAAAGUCCGCUCUACGUUCACAAAGAAUUUGAGACAGGAGAUAGUGGCAUUGAUCACUUUGAAGUCAGUCGGUCUCGUGUACACCUUGGCGCACUGAUAGGCAGCGGUGCGUUUGGACGUGUACACGCUGCUCAACUAGACAUGGCGGGCGGAGAAACUAUUACAGUGGCUGCCAAAAUGUUAUCCGAUAAUGCUACGGAAGAGGAGAUGCAAGACUUCCUUCGAGAAAUAGCCAUGUUGAAACAUGUCGGUUCGCACAAACAUGUUAUCAGGCUAAUAGCGUGCUGCACGCGGCGGUCUCCACUAAUAGCUUUAUUAGAACAUGCUCCAAGAGGGGACUUACUCACUCUCCUUCGAGCGGCGAGAGGAAGACGGUACAUUGACGAACAAAAGACUAGUGAAUCAAUUUCUGAACGUGGCGCCAACGGUCGACCGUCUGAAGCUGACACGGAGUAUACCAACCUGAGCGAUUCCGAUCCUCCUAUUUGCGGUAAUUCGGAAGACAAACUGUAUAUUGAUGCUAAUCAGCCAAAGAGCAAGGAUCACUACGUGGCUGAACCAGCAUUACAGCUGGAUAGCGCAACGAUGCGCGAAUAUGCCUUACAAGUAGCACUAGGCAUGCAACAUUUAGAGGAACGGGGUAUAACGCACAGGGAUCUUGCUGCUCGGAAUAUUCUAGUCGACGGUGCUGGAGUUCUGAAGGUUGCGGACUUCGGCUUAUCCCGUUCAGGAGUGUACGUGCACACCCGAUCCCGACCUGUACCUUUAAGAUGGCUUGCUCCAGAGGCGAUAUAUAACUCAAAAUAUUGGAGUGCCAGCGAUGUUUGGGCUUUCGCUGUUCUGCUGUGGGAGAUUGCUACUCUAGGUGGCUUCCCCUAUGCUGAAUUAAGCAACCGAGAAGUUCCUCAAUUCUUGACAGAAGGAGGGCGACUUCCAAAGCCGGCGCGAGCUUCGCCCCGUCUUUACCAACUCAUGACAGAAUGUUGGUCCGAAAACGCCCAAGACAGACCAACAUUUUCCGAAAUCGUCGAAAAACUGACGGUCCAACAACAAUUGUACGUUGAUCUCGACUGUGUAUUCCCUCCAAUAGAGGACAACUUCACCACCCUUAGCGAUUACGAUUUCACAAAACAGAACGACUUACAUGUCGAUCGGUGAC